AAGCUCCAAUACUUUGGCUACCUGUUGGGAAGAUCUAACUCAUUGGAAUAGACCCUGAUGCUGGCAGUGAUUGAAGGCGAAAAGAGGGGUUGCAGAGGGUGAGAUGAUUAGAUAACAUCACCAGCUCAAUGGGCAUGAAUUUGAGCAAAUAGCAAAAGACGGGAUCUUCACUGGCUGUAGUCUAUGCUGUCCCAAAGAGUUGGACACAACUUAGCGACUGAACACCACCACCACCACCUAGAGGAGGCAGGUGCUGCUUGCUUCCGUUUUGGACCUGCUUACAAGUGUGAACCCUGCUACUAAUAUGAACCCAGCAGUUCCUGGAAGAGGGUCCCUGCUCACUUCACCUCUUAGUCAAAGUGCCUUCACAUCUCUCUGAACUUCAUCUUCCCUAGAUGAAAAAGGUUUGAGAGUCUCCGUUUACCGUGCUAUCUCAAUCUGCCCUCAGCCUGUCACAGGCCCAGGCAUAGAAUGCUGGUCAAGAGGUGCUUUUCUUCUGGGAGCUGGCGGGUUCGACACACGAAGCUCUGGCCCCAGGAUCCUCAGUGCCCGUAAUGUCCUGGGACUCGCCGGAUUGUGGACUACAACUUCCAGUAUGCUCCGAGCCCCGCCUUCACCCUGCCAGGUCUCGCUUGAAGUGACGCAGCCUCGGGAGAGUUUAUCAGGGAGGCUGCCGGCCGCUGGUAUCCUGUUCUCCCUCCCAGAUUAGCGUCUGGGGCCUUCUGUGUCGCUUCGGGCACAGCGCCGCUCACACCAUGGCUUGGAUCCGGACUGCACAACAACCUUUCGAGAGACGUGGGUCUUUGGAGCCUCUUUAGUCCCGGAGCUCGGGCCGCAGGCAGCUCCGCGGCGGCGGACGGAAAGGUUGUUAUGGCAAAAACAUGAAAUACAGGGAGAUGUUUGGCAGACUCUGCAGGGCUGUGCCAAGCUGGUUGUUUGUUGUUCUCAGAACCUCUGGAAUGGCUGGACUCUUCCUGAGCAGUUUUGCUAAUUUGCAGCAGCUGGACAAUGUUGCUCAUUGAUACCUGUCUGUCGGCAUAAUCGUCACAUCACCUCUCUGGUGGCGGGGACUCGGCUCAAAAUCUGUGUAGGAAAAACACCUGGAUCCCAGUCUCAAUGGCUUCAAGACAACCAGAAGUGCCUGCUCUUGAGCCUAGUGGGCCUCUAGGCAAGAUGUCCCUGCCCAUCGGGAUGUACCGCCGGGCAUUCAGCUAUGAUGAUGCCCUCGAGGACCCUACGCCCAUGACUCCUCCUCCAUCGGACAUGGGCAGCAUCCCCUGGAAGCCAGUGAUUCCAGAGCGCAAGUAUCAGCACCUCGCCAAGCAGGUGGAGGAGGGAGAGCCCAGCGUCUCCCCGCGUGCCCCGGCCCCGCCGUCGGCCAGCGACAGUGAGAAGGCCCCUGUGGUGAAGGCCAAAGCUACCCACGUCAUCAUGAGCUCUUUGAUCACAAAACAGACCCAGGAGAACAUUCAGCGUUUUGAGCAACAGGCAGGGCUGCGAGAUGCUGGCUACACCCCUCACAAGGGCCUCACCACUGAGGAGACCAAGUACCUUCGAGUGGCAGAAGCACUCCACAAACUAAAGCUCCAGAGUGGAGAGACAGCAAGAGAGGAGAGGCAGCCAGCCUCCACGCAGUCCACCCCGAGCAGCAGUCCCCAGGCCUCUCCUAAGCAGAAGACCAGAGGCUGGUUCACUUCUGGUUCUUCCACAGCCUUACCUGGCCCCAGUCUUAGCACCAUGGAUUCUGGAAGCGGGGAUAAAGACAGAAGUUCGACCGAUAAAUGGAGCCUCUUUGGACCAAGAUCGCUCCAGAAGUCUGAGUCAGGAGGCUUUGCCAUCCAAGCCUACCGAGGAGCUCAGAAGCCUUCUCCAAUGGAAGUGAUGCGCGCACAAGCUGCCCGAAGGGCAGAGGAGCCAGCAGCGUCAAAGCCGCCCAAGAUGGACAUCCCAGCAACGGAAGGGACGAGACAGCUGCCGCGGGCCCACAGCCUCAAGCCCCGCGACCUGAAUGUUCUCACACCCACUGGCUUCUAGAGCUUUCUGUCCCAGGAACGCUGCAUUGAGGGUGUCGAGCCCAGCUCCCUUUACCGUGGCUAUGACAUAGGAAAAGUUUUGUCUUUGUGAAAAUCAAACUGAGGCUAGGAGGAGACAUAAUUGGUUUUUGCGAAACAUUAGUGCAAAGCUUAUCCUUGUGUGGAAAAGCCAUUUUUGUAUUGCUCUAGCUUUAGACUAAACUUGAGCAGUGAUGUAUGGGGACCUCCCUAGAACUGGGCCACCGCUUACUAGGUGACUGUCUGCAAUGUUCCAAAACCAAGGCUUCGGGAUUCCUUCAGCACUGUCCAGAUGCGCAUGGACAGACCACGGCGUAGGGACGUCCGCGGACGAGUGCAGGCGGCUUCGGCCCUCGCGGCUGUGCUGGCGCUGGGUACUCCGGUCUGCUAUUAGGGAACCCUUGACCCGCUGGAGAUGUGGGUGCAGCUUGGAGCCAGCCCGGCAGGGACCCCCCGUUUGUGCUGGCACCAGCCUCCUCGCAUUCUGGGGGACCUCACGGGCCCCUGAGUUCCGCAGCCAGCCCUUCCUCUGGGACCUCUGGGGCCCGUGCUGCGGGAGGGGUGCUUCUCUUCUGCGUGUCACAGAACAAACACUAGUCUUAACAUAUCCUUUGUUGCACUUUAAAGUGAGAUUAAUUUAACUUCCAUUUGGUUGGAAACUUCCUAAGGAGAAAAUUCAGUCUACUGGCUUGCUAUAGAUAAAUGGAUGUUAAACUUUUUAAAAAAAGAGGUGGCAACUGCGGUUUGGAUAUAGUCUUGAGGUUCAUAUGAAACUAGUGUCACUCUUAUUUUGAUUUUCUUGUUCAGGCUAGGGCUUGAAAAUUUUUUUCCUGGGAGGUGGAAGAAUUAAAAUAUUUCUGUCUGCAAUCAUUUUCCCCUCAAAUGAGCCUCAUACCUUUGUAAACAUGUACCUCACUGAGGAAAGGAACUGGGGAAGCCACGUUUUCACUUCUCUUCACUGUGUACAUGUACAACCACUGUCUUCAACGCUGUCUCCCAUUCCUGCUGUCUUUUGCUUUGGACGUUAUUGUGUCUACUCAAGGAGCUGAGCUGACCUUCCCCCAGAGGCACCCUGGAGUCUCAAAUGAUCAGAAUUAAUUUAUUUGUGUCUUCUGUUAUGCUUGUAUCUCUUACUUGUUUUGACAAUAAAAAUCCUUACUACUUUCUCAAAU